AUGAAAGCCUUCAGCCCGGUGCGGUCCGUCAGGAAAAGCGGCCUCUCGGAGCACAACCUGGGCAUCUCCCGCAGCAAAACGCCCGUGGACGACCCCAUGAGCCUGCUGUACAACAUGAACGACUGCUACUCCAAGCUGAAGGAGCUGGUGCCCAGCAUCCCGCAGAACAAGAAAGUGAGCAAGAUGGAAAUCCUGCAGCACGUCAUCGACUACAUCCUGGACCUGCAGAUCGCCCUGGACUCGCACCCCAGCAUCGUCAGCCUCCACCACCAGAGACCCGGGCAGAACCUCCCCUCCCGGAGCCCCCUGACCACGCUGAACACGGACAUCAGCAUCCUCUCGCUACAGGGGAAGUUUGGUUUUGAGCCCUGCAUAGGAAUUGAAGAGAAUCACUCGCAGCAGGCAUGA